AACUCCUCUCUCUGGGAAAACGUGGUGCUUGCUCCUCCCAGAGUGGCCUUGGCAGGGUGUUGGAGCCCUCGGUCUGCCCGGUCUGGUCUCUGGGGCCAAGGCUGGGUUUCCCUCAUGUAUGGCAAGAGCUCUACUCGUGCGGUGCUUCUUCUCCUGGGCAUACAGCUCACAGCUCUUUGGCCUAUAGCAGCUGUGGAAAUUUAUACCUCCCGGGUGCUGGAGGCUGUUAACGGGACAGAUGCUCGGUUAAAAUGCACUUUCUCCAGCUUUGCCCCUGUGGGUGAUGCUCUAACAGUGACCUGGAAUUUUCGUCCUCUAGAUGGGGGACCUGAGCAGUUUGUAUUCUACUACCACAUAGACCCCUUCCAACCCAUGAGUGGGCGGUUUAAGGACCGGGUGUCUUGGGAUGGGAACCCUGAGCGAUAUGAUGCCUCCAUCUUUCUCUGGAAACUGCAGUUCGACGACAAUGGGACAUACACCUGCCAGGUGAAGAACCCACCUGAUGUUGAUGGGGUGAUAGGGGAGAUCCGGCUCAGCGUCGUGCACACUGUACGCUUCUCUGAGAUCCAUUUCCUGGCUCUGGCCAUUGGCUCUGCCUGUGCACUGAUGAUCAUAAUAGUAAUUGUAGUGGUCCUCUUCCAGCAUUACCGGAAAAAGCGAUGGGCCGAAAGAGCUCAUAAAGUGGUGGAGAUAAAAUCAAAAGAAGAGGAAAGGCUCAACCAAGAGAAAAAGGUCUCUGUUUAUUUAGAAGACACAGACUAACAAUUUUAGACGGAAGCUGAUGAUUUCCAAGAACAAGAACCCUAGUAUUUCUUGAAGUUAAUGGAAACUUUUCUUUGGCUUUUCCAGUUGUGACCCGUUUUCCAACCAGUUCUGCAGCAUAUACCUAGACAAGCAACAUCCCUCUGGAGCCAGCACAGUGCUCCUCCAUAUCACCAGUCAUACACAGCCUCAUUAUUAAGGUCUUAUUUAAUUUCAGAGUGUAAAUUUUUUCAAGUGCUCACUAGGUUUUAUAAACAAGAAGCUACAUUUUUGCCCUUAAGACACUACUUAUAGUGUUAUGACUUGUAUACACAUAUAUUGGUAUCAAAGGGGAUAAAACCCAAUUUGUCUGUUAUAUUUCCUUUCACGUAUUUCUUUUAGCAGCACUUCUGCUACUAAAGUUAAUGUGUUUACUCUCUUUCCUUCCCAUAUUCUCAAUUAAAAGGUGAGCUAAGCCUCCUCGGUGUUUCUGAUUAACAGUAAAUCCUAAAUUCAAACUGUUAAAUGACAUUUUUAUUUUUAUGUCUCUCCUUAACUAUGAGACACAUCUUGUUUUAUUGAGUUUCUUUCAAUAUUCCAGGUGAUAGAUUUUUGUUUUGUUAAUUAAUCCAAGAUUUACAAUAGCACAACGCUAAAUCACACAGUAACUACAAAAGGUUACAUAGAUAUGAAAAGAUUGGCAGAUACCAUUGCAGGAUGAAUCACUUGUCACUUUUCUUCUGUGCUGGGAAAAAUAAUCAACAACGUGGGUCUUUCAUGAGCAGUGAUGGACUGUUUAGCUUACUAUGUUUCCCCCUCAAUUCAAUGAUCUAUAACAACAGAGCAAAGUCUAUGCUCAUUUGCAGACUGGAAUCAUUAAGCAAUUUAAUAAAAAGAUUGUGAAACAGCAUAUUACAAGUUUGAAAAUUCAGGACUGGUGAAAAAAAUCAACUCUAAAUGAUGAUAAUUUUGUACGGUUUUAUCUAAAACUCUGAGAACUAGAAAACACUAUUAACUUUUUUCUUGUUUUUUUUUUUUUUUUUUCUUUUGAAUUCUAAUUCACUUGUUUAUUUUGUGGGAGGAAGACUUUGGUAUGGAGCAAAGAAAUACCAAAACUACUUUAAAUGGAAUAAAACCAACUUUAUUCUUUUUUUCCCCUGUACUGGUAAAUAAAGCAAACUUUAUAAGUGGGCGAUUGAAAGAAAAGUGCCUUUUAAGUGUUUAGUUUCCCAGUGUCCUUCCAAGCUUAAGAUACAGAAGCAUUUGUUCAAAGGAUAGAAAACAUCUAAAAGUUUAGGCUCAGGAUCAAUCUUUACAGAUUGAUAUUUUCACUUUUUAAUCAACUGGACUGCAGAUGUUAUUUCUUUUAACAAACUGGAAUUUUCAAACAGAUUAUCUGUAUUUAAAUGUAUAGACCUUGAUAUUUUUCCAAUACUAUUUUUUUUAAAUUGUAUGAUUUACAUAUGAACCUCAAUUCUGAAAUUCAUUACAUAUCUGUCUCAUUCUGCCUUUUAUACUGUCUAAAAAAGCAAAGUUCUAAAGUGCAAUUUUAAAAGUGUAAAUUACAUCUGAAGGCUAUAUAUCCUUUAAUCACAUUUUACAUUUUUUCUUCACAAUUCUAACCUUUGAAAAUAUUAUAACUGGAUAUUUCUUCAAACAGAUGUCCUGGAUGAUGGUCCAUAAGAACAAUGAAGAAGUAGUUAAAAAUGUAUGGACAGUUUUUCCAGCAAAAUUUGUAGCUUACGUCUUGGCUAAAUAGUCAAGGGGUAAUAUGGGCCUGUUGUUUGGUGUCUCCUUCCUAAAGAGCACUUUUGUAUUGUAAUUUAUUUUUUAUUAUGCCUUAAACACUAUGUAAAUAAACCUUUAGUAAUAAAGAAUUAUCAAUUAUA